CAUAAUGUUUACGUCAUCAGUGUGUAUAUAGUUGUAUUUUUUUAUUUGUGAUACACGACUCGCAAGGGGAGUGGAAGGCGUUAACGUUUUGGUAAAAGAUAACCUUUAAAAGAGAAUGGCUGAUAAGAGACCAGUUCGCCCUUCUGGCGAUGACAGCUUAAGCAUUUAUCGAAUUCCACCUUAUUAUUAUGUCCACAUCUUAGACCAAAAUACAAAUGUUACACGUGUUGAAGUAGGACCAAGGACUUAUAUCCGACAGGAUAAUGAAAAGGUUGUGUUUGGUCCUCAACAAAUGGUGACUAUUCCUCCACGUCAUUACUGUGUUAUUGAGAAUCCAGUUCUUACUGAUGAUAAAAACGUUGUAGUUUUUGAUCAGAAUGGUCAAGCUAAGCUUAAACAUGCUGAUCUUGAAAUACGUCUUGCACAAGAUCCAUUUCCACUUUACCCUGGAGAAGUUCUUAAGCAGCCUCGAACUCCAUUGACAGUUGUUGAAGCAAACUCAGCAUUACAUUUAAGAGCAAUAUUGGACUUCUCUGAUGCUAUUGACAAAAAUUAUGUUGCAGGUGAUGAGUGGCUAUUUGAAGGUCCUGGUACAUAUAUACCUCGUAAAGAAGUUGAAGUGAUUGAAACAAUUCGAGCAGCAAUUAUUAAACCAAAUCAGGCAAUUAAAUUGCGAGCUCGUAAAGAAACCAAGGAUAGAGAAGGAAUAGAGCGUGUAACAGGAGAAGAAUGGAUAGUCAAGAAAACAGGUGCUUACUUGCCUGGCUCGUAUGAAGAAGUGGUUGAAAUUGUAGAUGCUUAUGUGUUAACUGAAAAAAAUGCAUUGCAUAUGAGAGCUACACGAACAUUCACAGAUGAAAAGAAAAAAUUAAGAAAAAAUGGUGAAGAAUGGCUGAUUACUUUUAAGGACACAGAAAGCCAUAUUCCGAAUGUUUAUGAACAAGUUGUCAACAUAGUUAAUAUUACCACAUUAAAUAACAGACAGUAUUGUGUGAUAUGUGAUCCAGUUGAUGCUGAUGGUAAACCACAGCUUGGUCAAAAGAAACUUGUUAAGGGAGAAAAAUCAUUUUUCCUUCAACCAGGAGAAAGUCUUGAAAAGGGUAUACAAAAUGUCUUUGUUCUUGGUGAAGAUGAAGGUUUAAUCUUGAAAGCUACAGAACAAUUUGUUGAUGAUGGAAAUAAACGAGCCCCUGGUGAUAGAUGGAUGAUACGAGGGCCACGUGAAUAUGUUCCUCCAGUUGAGGUUGAAGUUUGUAAUUUUCGCAAAGCCAUUCCCCUUGAUGCUAAUGAAGGAGUGUAUGUUAGAGAUAUAAAGACAGGUAAGGUGCGUGCUGUUAUUGGUUGUACAUAUAUGCUUAACCAAGAUGAAGAACUAUGGCAAAAAGAGCUUCCACCUGUAGUUGAGGAUUUGCUUAGUUCUGGAAAGGAUCCAUUAGCAGAUAGAAGUGACCGAAAAGCAACAACUGAAAAACCAAAAGCUCGAGAUAAAACUAAAGUUGUAGUUUACAGAGUUCCACACAAUGCUGCUGUUCAAAUCUAUGACUAUAAGGAAAAAAAAGCAAGAGUCAUAUUUGGUCCAGAUCUUGUUAUGCUUGGGCCUGAUGAACAGUUUACAGUACUAAGUAUAUCUGGUGGUAAACCGAAGCGACCCAAUGUUAUUAAAGCACUUUGCCUGCUGUUGGGACCUGAUUUCACAACAGACAUUGUGGUUGUUGAAACUGCUGACCAUGCUCGACUUUCACUACAACUAUCUUAUAACUGGAAUUUUGUUGUUGAUAAGUCUGGUGGCGAAUUACUUUUUUCAGUUCCUGAUUUUAUUGGUGAUGCUUGCAAAGCAAUUGCUUCUCGUAUACGUGGUGCUGUUGCAAGUGUAAAGUUUGAUGAUUUUCACAAAAAUUCUGCAAAAAUUAUUCGUUCUUCUGUAUUUGGUCUUGAUGAGAAAAACAAAGUCCGUGACCGGUUCACUUUCCCAUCAAAUAACUUAAACAUUACAAGUGUUGAUAUUCAAUCUGUUGAGCCUGUCGAUCAGCGAACAAGGGAUGCUCUUCAAAAAUCAGUUCAAUUAGCUAUUGAAAUAACAACAGCAUCACAAGAAGCAUCUGCUAAACAUGAAGCAGAUCGCUUGGAACAAGAAGCCAGAGGCAGACUAGAACGACAAAAGAUACAAGAUGAAGCAGAAUCAGAAAAGGCCCGUUGUGAGUUACUCGAAUUACAAGCACAAAGCGCUGCAGUCGAAUCAACUGGUCAAGCUAAGGCUGAAGCUCAAUCUCGUGCUGAGUCUGCGCGAAUUGAAGGAGAAACUUCAGUAGAGCAAGCGAAGUUGAAAUCUGAAGCCAACCUUAUUGAAGCGGAAUCAGAAUUGAGGCGUCUAACUGCUGCUCGCGAAGCUGAAACGAAGUAUAUAUCAAUGCAAAAUGAAUUGGAGAUUUCUAAAACACGCGAAUUGGCUACUAUAGAGGCAGGUAAGUUCAAGCAGAUGGUUGAUGCAAUAGGAGCAGAAACUAUUCGUUCAAUCGCCACGGCUGGACCUGAAAUGCAAGUUAAACUGCUUAAAUCUCUCGGCCUUCAAUCUACACUUAUUACUGAUGGCUCUUCGCCCAUAAAUUUGUUUAAUACCGCGCAUGGUUUGGUUGGUGGUGCAAUUGAAGCUCCUAAAAAACCUCGCUCCACUAGUAUUGAUUCAGAUGAAUAAUUUGUCCUAAUAGCCUUUGACUUAGAAAAAUGGUCGAAGAAGCAGCAAGCAACUUAAAAAUCGUUUAGCUUUAGUAAUAAUAUUUUUGUACAGGACACCCGGUGUUUAUAUUUGUAUUAAGAUGUCACAAUUUGUUCACGUAAAAUAGGUAAUUUGUAUUGUAUUAGAUAAUAGAUAAUUUGCGGUUGAAUUGUUUA